CCUUUGGAAGAAGAUGCUUUUUACUUUCACUUUCUUAAUGUCAUGGCUGACACCACAUGAAAACAGCUUGGAAUUAACAUACUAGUUCUUGCAGUCGGCCACAAGUUUGAGAAGGGUGGUCAUCAGAAAUAUAUUAUUUGUAAAAGGUUUUGAAUGUUUGGAAAUCACCGUGGGAACACGGCCGCAGCCUGCGAUGAAGGAAGAUCAACAAACGGCAGAGUCGAAGUGAGCAAUCGCGACUCGUAUGCUCUCGCGGCCGUAAACACAACUUGAGCGGUGGGCAGGCUUAAAGCAACGGACACAACUUUUACGAAGUUGCAAAUAAUAAAAUGGAAUAUGCUUCAGAUAUUUUUCAUCAAUUCUACACUGCUGGAUUCUUUAUUCUGGAUUUCAUUCAUACUGGCUUGAAUUUGUUUGCACUGGCAGCUGUCCUGACACUUCUCGGAAGAUAUUUUUGGGCACUCACAAUGAAAAAUAGUUCUACAGGUUCUCAUACAGUUUCAUUGACAGCUCAUCAGACUUCUAGGGAGCCAAGUGCCAACAUCACAGAAAUCAACAGCACUGAUUGGCUGACACCAAAGAAGGAACAAAAAUCAGUGCUCUUGGGUGAAACUCAAAACACUGUAUUUAGUGGUGAAGGAGAAGGCCUCCAUUUAAAGACUGUUAAACAUAUUCCUCAGAAAUCUGAUGUAAACAAUUGCACAGAAUCUGGCAAUGAUCAUCAAUUAAUGAACAGCACUGCUGAAGAGUUGUAUCAGGAUGUAGGAAUUAAGAAAGCUGAUGAUGGACAUCAAUCAGAGACAAAUUUUGAACAUGAUGAAUAUCUUUAUUUGGGAGAUGGAAGCCCAGAUUCAUGUGAAGCAGGUCUAGAGGGGUACACCUGCUUUGAAUUAAGAAAGAUUAUUUUAGAAAAUAUGGCCACAUGCAGGGAAUUUCCACUCUGGAUCAACGCAAAUGAAGCCUCACAGCUUCCAGAAAAACUAUUUAAUGAUGGAUAUCCUUGGAUUAAUCAAUGGAACUUUGACUACAGGUCUGGUGAAAAUUCCAUUAAGAAGCUACAGUCAAGUUUAGAUUCCUUUCAGAAAAUGUGGAUGUUAAUAUGCUGCCUUGAGUCUCAGAGUGAAAGACUGAAGGCCUGUGAAUGCUUUUUUAGUACUACAGCCAAUGAGGAAAAAAUAUCUGAGGCUGUCAAGUUUCUCAUGCUGUACAGAUCAAUUCAGCUUUAUAAUGAUAUGGAGAAUGGAAAAGACGUCCCUUUUUUUUGCAGACAGCUUUUUUCAAGAACUUCUUCUCAUUAUCCCUAUAAUUUCAUGAUAAACCAUCUGAAUCAAUUGACACUAGACAGUAAACUUACAAAGGUAGAAGAGGAAUUACUUCAGUAUACUUUGCUCAGAUGACCCUUAGUAAUGCUGAAAAUACAUUUUUGGACUGUAAUGAAGAGACUGUUUUUCUAAGGAAUGUCCAUCCCACUUCCUCACUUUAAUUAAUAAGCAAUGUUGAAAUUGCUAGAGGGGUAUUUUAAUAGUAUUAUUUCAGAAAAAGAUCAUAAAAGACUUGAGGUAGACUUGAAAAGAAGUUAAACAUCAGAAAAGAACAUUUUUAAUUUUCUGAAGUAGUAGGAUACAUUUUGAAUGUACUGUACUUUGACCUGCUAUAAGGAUAAAUAAACUAAGAAACAAUGUUGUGCUUUCAGCUUACUAGUCAGUGAACCUAAAGUGUAAGUAUAGAGUUGAUGUGCCCUCAUAAGGUCUGUGGAAAAAAGAAUACCUCAUAAUCAUGUCUCCCCUCUCUUUCCCCAGAGUAUUAAUUCUUGAUUCCCUUUUAGUAGCAGUAAUGGUAGUGGUAUUAAUAUUGUUAUGUACAGAGUGAAUUGAAACCCUUACUUGCAUCUUUUUCAUUGCAAAAUGUCACCAUUCUCCAGUGCUAUGAUAAACACAUUUAGAAAUGUUGCCCAUAUCAUCACUAGGUAUAUGCAUAACAAUAAAAUACAAGCAAAAA